CAUGACGGCGAAGAGAAACUGGGUCACCGAUUGAAAAUCGUUUAUGUCACAGUUCUCCGUGUUGCUAUCGCAUAUUACGAGCGAGUUUCAAUGGACAGACGGACUUUAUCGUACAUAGGCAGACAGGCCAGACCAGCUGUAUAAGGAUCAGAUCAUAUUAAGGCAAACCACAUCAAAGCGGAUAAAAGUAGGUCAGACUGAAUCAAACCAGACUCGGAGCAGAUCAGAACGAAGUGGACCAGACUGAUCCAGACGACACCAGGCGCAUCCAGGAAGCCUGUUCAAGUUUCCUUUCCAGUUGAGGGCUCAAGAGUGGAUGGAAGGAGAUGAUUUUAAUACAGAGGCUGUGAUGAACAUCUGUGAUGACCUGAUGGCAGACCAGCGGAUGGACAUCUCGUCUACAAUGACUGACUUCAUGUCCCCCAGCUCCACUGAUCUCAUCUCCAGCUCCAUCAGCACGCCUGGCAUGGACUACAACCGCAAGAGGAAAGGCAGCAGCACGGACUACCAAAUUGAUGGCUUCUCAUUUGAUGACAUGGAUCCAGAUAAGGAUAAACUGGGGAGUGACCACCAGGGCAGGAUUAAGAAUGCCAGAGAGGCUCACAGUCAGAUUGAGAAACGUCGGAGAGACAAGAUGAACAGCUUCAUCGACGAGCUGGCCUCUCUUGUACCCACUUGUAACGCAAUGUCCCGCAAACUGGAUAAGCUGACGGUCCUGCGUAUGGCGGUGCAGCACAUGAAGACACUCAGAGGUGCAGCUAACCCAUACACAGAGGCAAACUACAAACCUUCCUUUCUGUCAGAUGAUGAACUAAAGCAUUUGAUAUUAAGGGCUGCUGAUGGUUUCCUGUUUGUGGUCGGCUGCGAUCGUGGCAAAAUCCUUUUUGUUUCCGAAUCCGUGUACAAGAUUCUGAACUACAGCCAGAAUGACCUGAUAGGUCAGAGUCUGUUUGACUACCUUCACCCCAAGGACAUCGCUAAAGUCAAAGAACAGCUGUCGUCUUCAGAUACAGCGCCACGAGAGAGACUUAUUGACGCUAAAACCGGUCUUCCUGUGAAGACGGAUAUCACUCCCGGUCCAUCUCGACUCUGUUCUGGAGCCAGACGGUCGUUCUUCUGCAGGAUGAAGUGCAACAGACCUUCUGUCAAAGUAGAAGAUAAAGACUUCCCCUCCACUUGCUCCAAGAAGAAAGCUGACCGGAAGAGUUUCUGCACCAUCCACAGCACAGGGUACCUAAAAAGCUGGCCACCCACAAAGAUGGGGCUGGACGAAGACAACGAGCCCGACAACGAGGGCUGCAACCUGAGCUGCCUGGUGGCCAUCGGCCGCCUACACCCCCACAUCGUCCCCCAGCCUAGCCCGGCCGACAUCAGGGUGAAGCCCACAGAAUACGUCUCCAGGCACGCCAUCGACGGCAAGUUUGUCUUUGUCGACCAGAGAGCAACAGCUAUCCUCGCCUACCUGCCCCAAGAGCUGCUCGGAACCUCCUUCUACGAAUAUUUUCACCAAGAUGACAUCAGCCACCUGGCCGAGUGUCACAGACAAGUGCUGCAGAUGAGAGAAAAGAUCAACACCAACUGUUACAAAUUCAAAAUCAAAGAUGGCUCCUUCAUCACGUUGAGGAGCAGAUGGUUCAGCUUCAUGAACCCCUGGACCAAGGAGGUGGAGUACAUCGUCUCUACUAACACAGUCGUAUCGUGUCCGAUAAUGGAAGGAUCAGAUUACCCUCAGUCGGCUGCGUCUCCGCAGAGCAUGGACAGCGUUCUAACCUCAGAGGGCGGGGGGAGACGGGCUUUGCAGACCGUUCCCGGCAUCCCGGGCGGCACGAGAGCGGGAGCCGGGAAGAUCGGACGCAUGAUAGCGGAGGAAGUGAUGGAGAUUCAGAGGAUUCGAGGUUCAUCUCCUUCCAGCUGUGGUUCCAGCCCUCUGAAUAUAACCAGCACCCCUCCGCCCGACACCUGCUCACCGGGGGGCAAGAAGAUUCAGAACGGUGGGACCCCUGACCUGCCGAGCAUCCCUGGACCCGAUUCUGUGGGCUACCCUUACUCCAACCAGUCCAUCAUGAGUGAUAAUUCCCACCUGAGCAUAGAUAUUAUGGACGAGCCUGGCUCCAGCAGCCCCAGCAACGACGAGGCGGCCAUGGCGGUCAUCAUGUCCCUGCUGGAGGCGGACGCCGGCCUCGGCGGCCCCGUCGACUUCAGCGACCUACCUUGGCCUUUGUGAGGAAUCCGGAAGGGAAGAUUUGGAGCCACUGAUGGAGAGAGUUCAGUCAUUCAGAUUUUUUUCUUUAUUUUUUUUUAUUUUUGUCCCCCCGUCCUCUACUGGAUCUCCUGUUUCCUGCCAUCUGUACACAACUACACCGAAAAAAAAAAAAGAGUGGCGUCUUAAAAAAGAGUAUUUUGAGUCUGUAAAUACUGAAGAUUUUUAUUCCCAGAAGAGAUGUCUCCAGUUCAGGCUGGACGGUUUAGACUUUCACGCCUACUUUUUUGAUUCAUCAUUCCUCGUAGGUGGGCCUGACAAACCGUUGGGGGAUUUCAAAGCUCCCAAAACGACGCAUCGUUUUUCCGGUGUUGGUUGCCUGCAGAUCGGGCGCCUCGUCAAGCGAGAGGCAGUCGUCGUCCAGAUCAUGGAAGCAUACGUUACAGAACUGUGGUGCUAACAUGAGGAUGCUCCUUCUCCGACUGACCCCUGUCCAACAGUGGCUCUGGGACCCUCCACCCCCACCACCACCAACAAACACAGGUCAACGACCAACCCCGCACCCCCUCACAGAAAAAUAACCCACCCAGGACUCCUGACACUUUCAAAGACUGCAGUUUGUUGUGGGAUCAAGUGUCGUUCAGUGGGGAGCGCUUGAUUUCCGCUCCACGCUGCGGUCGUUUAUGUCCAGGUUUCCCUAAAACUGUGUACAAAUGAAGCGCCCACCCUCUAAAGACGGCUGUUCCAGCAAGCUGGAAGCAAACUUAAAUCGGUUUGAAAGUUUACUCUGAAUAAGCAAGGUGCAGUUUUAGUUUUGGGCAUCAUUUUUAAAAAGCCGCCUUGCUGAUGUUUCCUGAACUAACAUGUACGUAAAAAGGGUUUCUUCCCAACUAUUCUGAGUUCGAUUUGACAAACGGAUGAAAAACAGAACAUUUAACCCAACACAGCCUGCAGUGCUUCACGUGAAACGUAAUAAAACAGUGAUAAAAAAACAUAAAUUGAUAUCCUAGAAUCCAUGUGGCUCAGUAGACGUCGUAUCAGGUCCCCAAAACACAAUGGAAGCCAGUCCUUCGAUGCUUUUUCAACGUUUAAAAAGCUCUGCUAAAGUGACAAGGUUGUCAUUUCUCCCUCCAGCCUCGUCAUCCGCUGGCCUCAAAGAUUUGGUUGUAGCUCAGCUGCAAUAGUUUUAUUCCAGGUGAAGCAAUUAUAUGUUGAUUUGGACUCAUUUGUCGGUGUGACGCGGAGGAAUGACAUCCUUUUUUAUAAACCUGAAGACUUGUGAAGACCACCUACUACUACUAAUGUUUCAGCCAUCAGAAUGCCACAGCGCUGCUUUCCAAACUGCUGCAGCAAAGAAACAGACCUUAAUCCAAUAACAAGCUUUAUAGAGUCAGGGUUUUUUUUAUAUCUAUAUUUGUAUUUCAACUCUUUUUAAGAAUAAUAGACUAUGGGUCACAGGGUUUGCACUCUCACAUCCUCCAUCUGCUCUAAAGAAGCACUUCAGGCUGUAUGUGAUUAAAUUCUGUUCUGUUCGACGGAUUUUGGCUCCAAUUUCAUUCAUAACCUUCCUGAUGAAACAACUUUAGUUUGUGAAGUUAAAAGAAAAAGCAGUUCACUGUCUUAAAUUCGAUCAACUUGACUCCUAAAAGUGAGCAGAUGUUGCGUUGGCUGCACUUUGCUAUCAAUCAAACUACCUGCUGAAUGAGACGGAUCCAGUCGCGGAUCAAUAACCACCUUCGUUAGAGACGGCCACAUAGAGCCUCUGAGUAAAGUUUUGCUUUCGUGUCUGUUUCUCUGCUCCAUCAUCAUGGAUAUCUAUAUCUGCAACAUAACCUCAUCGCCUCGCCAGAACACACCCAGCCACCGAGACGAGUUUAUUUUACGUAGAAGAGGUUCGAGCAUCUCGACACCUGCCUGUGUGGAAAAAACCAAAAGUGGAUUCUGCAAAUAAACGUGGCUUAUUUCUGAAAAGCAUUGAACAUAGAAUAUUAAAGGCUUUUUUUUUUUUUUUAGUAUUCUGACAGUAUUAUUAAAACUAUAUAUCCCCGCCCUUAUUUAUAACGGGAUUAUUUAAACUAAGAAAUGCUAAAUACUAAAGGUGGAAGCCUGCUUUUUAAUUUAAAGGAGGACUUUGCAACAUGCACAGCAGUGAACACAGGAAAUACUGUUCAGUUUUAAAUAGUGGAGAAUUUUUUUAUAAAAAUUUUUUUUCCCCUCAUCGUUUGGCAAUUUUCGUCCGUCUUUACCUGGAAAUGUAGGAGCAACAUGUUUAUCUGUACCUCAAAGUCAACAUUACAGUUACUUUGACGUCUGACAUUAAGUUUGUUUUUUUUUAUUUAUUUGAAAGUCAUAGUCUGCUGUCAGAAAACUGUGCCUUGCAGACAUAUUCAUAGCCCUGGACUUUAGGCACAUUUUGUCUGGUUCCAAAUACUUUUUUUCAAAUAAAAAUCCGAUGAAGGGUAAAUUAAUCUCAGACGAAUCGAUGCGUUUUUGUCCGCAGAUUAUUGUUGGGAAGGAUUGAGUUAUAGCUCUGGCUCCGUGUUGGUGAAUCUCUGCUCUGUCGUCAAUCCUCCUAAAGCUUUUCCUUCAGUGUUUCAAUAUUUAUUUUUAUAUGGCUUUCUUCAACAAUAAAACCAGGUUUAAUGUGACAAAAUAUGAAAAGGUUAUAAAAUGAUGGCUCCAAUGUCUCUCAGUGCAAAGACACUUGGUUAUCCUGCUUAGAGCAGCAGUUUUUUUUUCCCAAGCGGUUUUUGGAAGUAAAACGAAUGAAACUGCGGUUUAGUAGUGUGUUUUUACAAUAUUUUACAAUUAUGAGCUUUUAUUUUUGUCUACAUUGCUGAUGAAAACAUUGUAAAUAAAAAUCAACGGAUACCAAUGGUUUAAGAACACGGUUAAAUAAUGGAGAUACAAAUUGGGGAAGGGACAAAUUUCCCCAGAUCACUGAAAUGUAAUUGCAGGAGAUUAAAACUGCGGCUUUUUUUUCUAGGUGUUCAUGUUACCCUGUAGCUUGAAAAUAUUUGUUUUGCUAUAAAAUGUAUUGCUUCAUAACAAAAGCCGUGGAGGCGACCAAAAACACAACAUUUAACCGGAAGCAGGGAGCCAUCCUCUGGAACGAUUCUUGCAGUGCAUGGCACUUAUUUUUUUAUGGUCAAAUUAAGACAUUCCUCUUUAAAUGCUUUUACCUUUUAAAGCCAGCAGUAACCCUUUAAAUUAUUUAACUCGAGAUGAUCCAGAUUUCAUCUUCUGCCAACAUUGUUUUAUGAUUAAAAGCAAAUCUGAUGCAGAUGAGUCACAAGCGUUAUUUUUCCAUGCAGGCGGUACGUUUUGAUGCCUAACUCUGAAACCUUCGCAGUUCUUUAAGUUGUUGUUUUUUUUUUUUUUUUUUUUUUUAAAUACCCUUUCCUCCCUCCAAUCAGAGAGCAGCUGGCGAGGCGCCCUCCGUUUCUGUCCCACUCGGUUUCUGAUUCAGUGUUUGUACUCUACACACUACAAGAAAGUGUUUCCCUUUGUUUAUAUUACUCUCCCCACCUGACAAUAAUGUAUCAAAUCUUUAAAUAUUAUCAUGUUAAGAGUAUACUUUAUGCAAAUAUAUAUGAGUAUGAUGAGUGUGUUGUAUGUAUCAGCAGUGAAAUAUUUUUAAAAUAAAAAAAUUAUUUGUUUCUGUCAUA